AGCCCCAGCCGAGAGACAAUGCGCUCCCAACCCCGCGUUGAGCGAGCAAUGGCGAAGUCGGCGCGCCCCCCGCCCACCAGCGGCUGCUUUUGGGGGUGAGCGGCUGGGCGAUCCCACCCUCCGGCGGCCCUUUCCCUUGACAGGAGGGGAGGGGGGGAGCCUGGGAUCUUGCCUGCAAGGGAGGAGCAGCUCCCAUCCCGAGGCGAGGAGGGGCUUUGGUGGAGAGCGAGGGGAGCCCUAACGCUCAAGUGUCGCCCCCCCCCUCCACUCCUUUCCCCGUCUUCGGAUUCUUGGGCGGCAAGAAAGGGGGAGACUUCGAGUCACUUAGAAUCUAGUGGAUGGAAUCACCCUGGGAGAGACCAUGGCCAGCAUCUCCUCUUUUGGCAAGUACACUCACGCCAUCGUCCGCUGCAUCCCUUCCUCGUUUGGCACGGCAGAGACUACGGCGGAAGGGUCUGAGGGUGGCUCUGAACCUGUGGACCUGGCCAAGGCUCACCGACAGUACGGCGUGUACACGGGCAUCCUGCGUCAGAAGCUAGGGCUGCAAGUGAUUGAGCUGGCUGCAGAUGAGGGCCUUCCCUGCUCCACGCUGGUGGGGGAUCUGGCGGUGAUACAGGGCGACACGGCGCUUCUCACACGGCCGUGGGUGCCCUCACGGCGGGAUGAGAUCAGCAGUGUCAAGAAGGUCUUGGAGGAGCUAAAACUACGUGUGGUAGAAGUGACAGAUGAGGGAGCCACCCUGGAUGGAAGUGAUGUACUUUUCACAGGUCGGGAAUUCUUCGUGGGCAUUUCCAAGUGGACUAAUCACCGAGGAGCAGAGAUGGUUGCUGAUACAUUCAGGGAUUUUGCUGUGUCUACCGUUCCCGUAACGGGCACGUUGCACCUCCGCAGCUUCUGCAGCAUGGCUGGAUCUGACACAGUCGUUAUAGGCAGCAGCGAUGUUGCCAAGAAAGCCAUGAAGACCAUGGAGCAGUUAACCGAUCACCACUAUGAAACACUGACGGUGCCUGAUGACCCGGCCGCUAAUUGCAUCUAUGCCCGGCUCGGCCAGAAGAGCAGCGUCCUUCUGCAUCGCAGUGCCGAGGAGUAUCCGAACAGCCUGCAACCCUUCCAGAAACUUCCGGACUACACCCUUAUCCCCGCUGCUUGCACUGAGGUAGCCAAACUUGGUGGGACUCUCAGUUCCUGCUCUCUUCUCAUCAACAAGAAGCUGGAGAUCUAGUGCCUAUUUGAACCCCCACAAAAUACAGGUUCUCACAAUCCCUGAAGGGGAAUCCCUGUCUCUCAGUUCCUAUGUGCAGAGUGAUGUCCCUAUUUUAUUUUUUAUUUUUUAGCUGUCUCGCGAGGCAAGAACACCACCCUCCCUCCCAAAUAUGUGCAUUUGGUGGUCAGCCUUAAAGUAUACUGUUCUUUCUCGUUUCUCUCAUUCUUUUCUUCUUCUUUUUUUAAAUUGGGUCUUCACUUCCAUGGCUUCCCACCAAUCUCUUUAUUUCCUGCCUCUGCUUGCUACUUUUUAUCCUUUCAAAAAGACUUUUAUCCCAGAGUAGAUAGGGGCUUUUACCUCGUUCCCAAUGCUGAAGGAAACCCCUUAGUAGGAAAACAGACACUCCUGUCUCUUCAGCCAGCUAUUGCUGUUUUGAUUGUUUGGUUUUAGCAAGGUUCUCUCUUGAUUGUUGCCCAUUAUGAGCAAUUUAAAGAGUGGCCAUGCUUUCUCUUUGUUGUUGAUGGGUUUUCUUGGGAUAGGUUAUCAAAACAGGUAUGGAGAAAUAUUUGUAGGCAGCAAUCUUGGAAGACACGGAAGGGAUGUCUAUCAUGAAGCCUGACCCAAGAAGCCUGCUCUACUAUUUCUCUUUCUCUCUCUCUCUCUCUCUCUCUCUCUCUCUCUCUCUCUCUCUCUCUCUCUCUCUCUCACUCACUUUUUCAUAGUAGCAUCUUUGAACUGGAGAGCAGAAGAUAUUGUUGGAGACCCCACUGUGUGUGGUAUCACACAUAGUUUUCAACUGGUUUGGCAGGCCGGCUAAUAUUGCAUUGCUACAGAACUGGACAGUUGCAUUACUCUGGAUAUGGGAGUUUGGGAGGCAACCUUGUUUGUGCAGUUGCAAGCCCCAACACCUGAUCAUUCGUGUCAGAUGUAGGAAGGCUUCACUAGUGUACUACACUCGUUUUAUCGUGAGACUUUCCCCCUUCCUUAAUAACUGGUUCUAGAAGAACCUUUAAAGGUGAUCUGGUAUGAUAUGGGUUGGAUCCAGUGGUGUCACUCCACCAAUGGAAGGGAGAUCACCGAUGGAAAGGAUUUCCACUUCCUCCUGUGUGUCCCUUAAAUCUUCUCUGGAAGGUUGAGGGACACUCAGGAGCAGUGGGGAGGAUGGGACAGAGACGUCUCGCUCGUUCAACUGUUGGCUCCAACCCUUGGUCUGCUACAUCCAUCUCUAUGGUGCUGCAGUUUUGGGACAGGAAGUUGAGUUAGAUCCAUGCUUCCUCUCCUACCCCAGACUUGAUACAAUUGCUUCCCACUGCCACCACAACAGAUAACC